AAAUUUGUUUGCUCCUGAAGCUCGUCAGUUGCGAGUUGCUGUUACUUCACUUAUGGAGAACAUGAUAUUACUUAUUGAAACAAUGGAGCAAUUUGGACCACCAAGAAGUCAAGAGUAUAGCCAUUAUUAGAAGUUGUAUAUUACGUACUUUUUAAGUGGAUGAAUUUGAAGAUUGUUGUAAUAAUUUUGUGUGAACUUCUACAGACUUCACAAUGCCAGAACAUACGCCUGCUCCCACUCCAAGCCGAGCUGUUUAUGGAUUUGUUUUGUAUCUGUGCUGUUACUCAGCCUUUGCACUCUAUUUUGUAUGGGCUGUAAUCCCUGAUAGCUUCUUGCAUUCUGUGGGACUUGUGUACUGGCCACAGAAAUAUUGGGCCGUUGCUAUACCAAUCCAUGUUGGUCUGGCUGUAGCUGUGUUUGGUGCAUUAAUCUACCCAGCCGUCAAUCUGACCAUGACUCCACCACUUAGUGACCUUCGCACAAUAACAGAUCCGCAUGCUCUUAGUCUACAGAAUAAGAUGUUGCCUGAAGGGGGGAUACCUCCUGUCUCAGACAUACCAAUAUCACAAGUGUGCCGGCAUCUGUAUUUGGAUUCAAAAUAGAAAGAUUACAACUUCACAAAUCCAGAAGAUACACCUGUUACCACUCCGAGCCAAACUAUACAGUUUUGGCUCAUGUCUGUGCUUGAUAUUCUGUAUAUCUCUGAUAAUUUCUUGCAUUCCAUGGGACUUAUAUACUGGCCACAGAAAUACUGGGCCAUUGCUGUACCAAUCUAUUAGUUUGCUUGUUCAGAAUGUGACAUUGUGUCCUGGACAUGGUAGUCUUCCCCAUUGUUGUAUGAACAAAAACAUGUACUAAAUGGUAUGUUAUGUGUUGAUUGUAGUCAGUUGUGAUAUAUUCUUGCUUGUAGUUGCCAGUGUUUUAGAAGAAUAUACAAUUUACAUCUUCAGGUCAACUUAA